AUGCCGCCUCCUCCGAGUGGUCCAAGCUCCUUAUUUUCCAGUUCUGCUACCUCAUCUUUCUUUUUGCCUUCUCGCUCCUGUCCACCGCUGCUGUUGUCUUCACCGUCGCCUCACUUUACACCUCCAAGCCAGUCUCCUUCUCCUCCACCAUGGCAGCCAUUCCCAGUGUCUUCAAGCGGCUCUUCAUCACCUUCUUCGAUGAAGAAGAGCUACGAGUUGUUGAAGGGGAAAAUUGGCAUGGGAUUUGUACUGGUUUUUGGGUACUUGGCUAUUUGUGGAGUGAUUAAUGGGCUAUUUGGGUCGAUUGUGGUGCAUGGUGGUGAGGAUUACGGGGUUUUGACAAGGAUUAUGGUCGGCGGGUUCCUCGUUGGGAUUUUGGUGAUUGUGAAUCUUGUAGGGCUAUUGGUGCAGAGUGUGUUUUACUAUGUCUGCAAGAGCUAUCAUCAUCAAGGGAUUGAUAAGAGUGCACUGUAUGAUCAUCUCGGUGGAUAUCUUGGGGAAUAUGUGCCUCUCAAGAGCAGCAUUCAGAUGGAAAACAUGGAUGUUUGA